AUGGGCAAACGCAAGAAGGCUGCCAAGAAGCCCCAGGGCCCAAGAAAGGCGCAGAACGAACCGCUACCCACCGUAUUCCCGUGCCUCUUCUGCAACCACGAGAAAUCAGUGAGCGUCAAGCUGGAUAAGAAAGCGGGUGUUGGCGCGCUCUCGUGCAAGGUCUGCAAUCAACAGUUUCAGUGCGCUAUCAAUUACCUUUCUGCGGCGGUCGAUGUAUACUCGGAUUGGGUUGAUGCUUGCGAUGCGGUAGCUAAGGAGGAUGUUGAGGAGGGGGCUGGAGGAGAAUAUGCGCCGUCGCGUCCCGCGGCGGGUAGACCGGGUGGAGGAAGGGCGAGAGAUGACGAUGAGGACUUGGAGGAUCUUAUUGAUGAUGAGGGUGAGGAUGCUGGUGGUUACGGGGGGGACGGGGUUGUUGCGGAUGAUGAAGACUACUAG